GGAGGAUUCGUCCGCGGGUGGACGUGCGUCGAGUUUGUUGGCCGCGAGUUUGUUCAGUUCAAAGAGAAAUAAGAGAGAGUUUUGUAAAGGACCUUUGAGGUGAGCAUCCUCGAAGUUUUUGGAAAAGGGGGGCAGUCUGGUGAGGAAAAUGGCGCCGUUCGUUGGGUUCUGAGCAAGUGCUGCUGAAAAGAGUGUGUGUUUUUUCGCGGUGGAGGAAAUGCGCUUCGAAGUUCAACAGAUUAUUGGAAAUCUUCCAACGGGUUGGUGGUGAAGCUGGUGAUUGUUGAAUGUUGGUUGAUGGGUGCAGUGCAAAUAGUUUAAAAGAAGAAAUCUUGCACAGUGGAAACCUUUUUGGGGUUGGUCUGUUGAUUCAACGCACAUACAAGUUACACAAAGGUUUUUGGGAGUGAAAAAUUUCCGAUGGUUAUCUGUGCUGAAGGGGGAAGUCGUUUCACGUGACCUAGAGUGGAUGUUGGAUCAAAGGUUGAAAAGGCAAAAGGUUUUCCAAGCCGUAAUAAGUGAAUUGAAGAAAGAAAAAAAAGCUGAAACUUGAGAAGUUUUUCCAUCAAAAUUGUCACCUCGUGUGUGGUUCAGGUGUUGAACGUGUGAGCUUUGCCGUGAGCACCGUUUGGUGAGAGGAACUUGCACCACACUCGGAAGGGAUAUCCGUAACACCAACACCACCAGCGAGAUCAUCGAGCGCAACAGCAACAGUCUAGACCAAAAAAACACUUCCAAACCCAGCGUAGCAGCCCCUCCCCCAGGACACGUGCCACAUGGACCACUUACGGACAAUCUAAGACUCUCCUAGGCGGGUGUCGUCGUCGUCGUCCCACCAAACCACGCACCAGCACACAAACACCGUCGUUCCAGGAAGGACACAUCCGACGACGGCGGCUCCAAGAAACGUUCGCGCGGUCGUCCUCCCGUCCCCGUCCGGGCAACGAUGAAGUUUUCAAUUCCGCUUCCUGGCGGUGGCACCGGACUGACACUGUUCUCGAAGCUCGUUCGCACCAAGGACUUGCGGAAGCUGCAGGGCGAAGAUCCCAAGAGUACAAAGCCAAAACUAACGAAAUGUCUCACCACACUCGACCUAACCUCACUCGGAGUGGGAUCGUGCUGUGGCACCGGUAUGUAUCUAGUCGCUGGUAUGGUAGCGCGAAACAUAGCUGGCCCCGGUGUAGUGCUUAGUUUUAUCAUAGCGGCAAUAGCUAGUAUAUUUUCAGGCGCCUGUUAUGCGGAGUUUGGCGUCCGGGUGCCACACACUUCCGGUUCGGCGUACAUGUACUCCUACGUCUCGGUGGGAGAGUUUGUGGCGUUCGUUAUCGGGUGGAACAUGAUACUAGAAUAUCUAAUUGGUACGAGCGCGUGUGCCUGUGCGCUGAGUGCCAGCUUCGACUCGUUGAGCGGAGGAGUGAUCAGCAAGAGCAUAGGAUCCGCCGUGGGGACCAUAUUCGGUCGCCCGCCGGACUUCAUCGCGUUCGGCAUCACCCUGCUGAUGACCUGCGUGCUGGCGCUCGGGGCCAGCAAAUCGGUGCUCUUCAACAACGUCCUCAACACGGUCAACCUGGCCUCGUGGGUCUUCAUCGUGACGGCCGGGCUGUUUUACGUGGACACCAACUCGUGGGUCGAGCACGAGGGCUUCUUGCCGUUCGGCUGGAGUGGGGUGUUUACGGGAGCGGCCACCUGCUUUUACGCGUUCAUCGGGUUCGACAUCAUCGCGACAACCGGCGAGGAGGCGCACAACCCGCAGAAAAGCAUUCCGAGGGCCAUCGUCGGUUCGCUGCUCAUCGUGCUGUUCGUGUACGUGACGAGCAGCUUCAUCCUAACGUUGACAGUUCCAUACGACCACAUCGACAGCGGCUCGGCGCUGGUCCAGAUGUGGACGUACGUCGGCGCGCCCAAGUGCCGCGCCCUGGUGGCGAUCGGCGCCACCGCCGGCCUCAGCGUGGCCAUGUUCGGUUCAAUGUUCCCAAUGCCGCGGGUGAUAUACGCGAUGGCCCAGGACGGGCUCGUCUUUCGGACGCUGUCGCAGCUGUGGGCGCGCACCGGUGUGCCGGGACUGGCCACGAUCGGCAGCGGAAUAGCCGCGUCGGUGGUGGCGCUGACCGUGCGCCUCGAGGUGCUCGUUGAGAUGAUGUCGAUCGGGACGCUGCUGGCGUACACGCUGGUGUCGACGUGCGUGCUGAUUCUGCGCUACCAGCCGCACUCGACGUCGCUGGUGGACCUGCUGCCGUCGCAGUUGCGCAGCAGUUCGCAUCCGCCGGGGACGCCGGAUCCGGUGAGUCAGCAGCGGGUGGUGCAGGGGAACGUGAUGGUUAAGAAGGUGAUUACGAGGGGGACGUCCGACUCGGACGACAGCUUCGGGGAUGAGAUUCCGGCUGCGUAUUUGGGUCGGGACAACACGUUCCUGGUGUCGGACAAGCACGAGAAUAAGUUCUACGGAACAGUCCACGGUGCACCACAGUCGGAAGCUACCACGUGUGAAUGCUGGCCCUGCGGGUACAUUGGACGGAAGAUCUCGCAGUACUCCUAUCUGUGUCCUGGGUUCUUUCCGUGGGUGAAGGCCGGCACGGCAACGCACGAGAGUGGAAUGUUCGUCACCAAGCUGGUUGGGUUGAUGUACGCCCUCAUCUUCUUCCUGGAUCUGUUCAUGGCAAUCGGGAUCACCGGUCCGUUCUUCACACUGGUCUACACGGCGCUCGUGCUGGGAAUUCUGUUCGUGCUGUUGGUGAUCUCGCGACAGCCCCAAAAUCGGUACGCAUUGCCCUUCCUAACGCCGGGACUUCCAUUCAUUCCGACUGUCGCCAUCACGGUCAACAUCUACCUGAUAUUCAAGCUGAGCAUCCUGACGCUGGUGCGCUUCACCGUCUGGAUGUCGCUGGGGUUGAUCAUGUACUUUUACUACGGCAUAACGCACAGCUCGCUGGAGAACCCGAGCGAGGAGUUCGAGCUGACGGUGGAGAACGGGAACGGGCAGGUGGGCAAGACCUCGAAGUCCUCGAAGAGCAAACGAGGCAAGGACCAGAAGCCGGCGUGGGAUUGCCACGGGUACGAGAACCGGAUGGCGACCAACGACGACGGCGAGCUGCAUUACGGCGGCGCUCCGAGUGGAAACAGCUGGAACGAGCCGAGCAACGGAGGAGGAGCCUGGGGAGAUACGUCCCCCUACGACCCGCCGCCACAGAGCCAGGUCCAGUUUGACAUUUCGCCGGUGCAACCGGUCCAGCCGCCGCCAAACCGACCCGAAAUCAAAAAGGACGGCUUCGGAAUGUUCUACCAGGAGUCCAGCGGUCAACCCUAUCCUACGUGGGAAGACUAAGCGCGAAGACUAGUUCCGUUCACGUUCAGCAAGCAGGAAUAGGGAGAGAGCAUAUCCGGAGGACUGAAAGCGGUGAAAUUAACGGGAAAGCAAUCAUCACCCAUCAUUAUCAGUGUUGUUAUUAUUACGUCGUUAGCCAGCCCAUCAACGCCGCACACACCGCAGAGACAAAUGUACAGAGUUAGAGAAGGAGAGAGCGAGUAAGAUCUUCAGAGUGUUCAGAGAGCUAUAUAUCUAUAUGUUAGUAGCAGCGUGCAGUCCAUGAAGAGAGUUGAGCUUCAACGUGCAGCGAGUCACGAGGGAGGAGGUUCCUUCGGCUGUGAGUACGCCAAGCGUGUAAUGUAGAUUUAAUUUGCGAUAUCAUCCUCCGCUGCAAUACGGCUUCGACCGUUAGAGUAAAUAGUGCAAUUAAACGCAAAGUACCGGAUAAGCUUCUGUGGCACUAAUCGCUGCAAAUUGGAAUUGACCGCAACAACAACAGGUAGAACGAACGGAUUUUAGUUUGAAAUAUUCAAACAGAACACUCACAGCGUCGUCCAACCAAUCCCUACUGACACGGUGACUCGUGCACGUUGAAGGACCAGCAAACACUUAAAAAUGCGCCACCAAUGUGAUAUUCUCUAGCGACCCGAGCAGACGGAAAUAACUUGGGAAGGUCA